ACCUCCCGAAUGCGGCGUUACAUUCGUGCACUGCUGAUGUGCACCGUGUUUGCCGUAUUUUCGGGAUUGUACGUUUAUAGUGCACUUUUUGACGCGGAUGUGUCGGCCGGGGCAAACGGGGUGAAGACGUUUUACGUCCCCCCGAAAGUCCCACGACCCGGACAAGCGGGACCACAAAGCUCACAUCGACAUAACAGACAAGAUGUCCCUAGCGCACUGUAUUUGAUUCAGAAUGCAGUACCGGGCUUUAGUUACACGCAUUUAAAAAACGUCCUUUUUUGGGGGGGUCAGGAUGAUAUGACCUCCGUGGGGCUCAGAUGGGAGGAGCUGCUCAUGCCACUGCUUCAAAAAUACAAACUCAACAUAACCUCGGGGGGGGGGGACCAGGAUUUUUUAAACAUUCUUUUCCACUACAAUCCUGGUGAGUGGAACUCGCGUCCCGAUCACUGCAUCUACGGCAGCAACUGCGCCUCCGCCGAAGACAACGGGAUCUACAUCCUGCACGGAAACCGAGCCGUGUACCACGACCGCAAGCGGCCCGCCUUCAAAUCGGUCUACGAGGCCAUACGAAAGGUGACUUUGAGUACCGCGGCGAGCAUUUAUUUGCAGGGAUUAACCAAAUUGAAGGUGAGAUCGGAAAGCUCAUUUCCCUCCCGGGAGGACGUUUAUGGGUUGUUUACCAGCAGUGUCAUAAUAUUGACGACCGCGCUGGCAUUUACUUAAUGAUGCCAUCAGAGCAAAUCUCAUUGCCUUUCUACGAGGCGCGGCAUAGAUCAGGCGAACGGCGGAUCUAUAGCCCAUCGCGUGCAAAAAUUACCUUGCCAAUUCGUUAUGCCCCUCGAGGUACAUUGUAACGGGGAU